GGGCAGCCAUGUUGAAAUUUCUACCGAAUGUCAGGCUGUCAUUCUCGGGUGAAAAAUCUUUUCAUUCUCAUUUUCAAUGAUAUUUGAUGUGCGUUAGUCGAAAUAAGAAUCUCACAAAAAUAAAUUAUAAUUUGCCGGUUGCCGCAGAGAAUCAAUAAAUAAACAAGCGCCGGUUGCAUGCUUGUUGUUGCUGUUGUCAAACAACAAAAGAGUGUGUUUAGCGCGCCGUUUCUUUUUUCUGUGGCGGCAGCUGCAAAUUGUGAAUCUUGUAGGAUCUUAGUGCGAAAAUUGUAGCGGAUCGUUGUCCCAGGAGUAGGAUAUUGAACAGCAAUCAUGAGCAGCAGUACUCCGGGCAAUUCAAACGCCCUGGUGAAGGUAGCGACGCCGUCCCCAUCGGCGCUUGCCAAAAUUGAUGUGGAUUUUACGGGUUCCAAGUAUGAAAUACAUUCCUCGCUUUCGGACGAGGAGCGCCGUUUCUACAUGAAGAUGUACCCCACCGUGGAUGUGGUGAACCAGCGAAAGGUGCACUGCACCGUUUGCAAGCUGCAUCUGGGCACAGCUCCCGCAUCCGAAAACAACAUCAAGAUGCAUCCUAUCUUACGAGUUACGCACUGCGUCAAAUGCCACGAUUUCUACAACAGCGGCGAGUUCUCUAAGGGCGAGGAUGGAUCCGAGCUGUAUUGCCGCUGGUGCGGACAGGGUGGCGAGGUCUACUGCUGCUCUACGUGCCCAUAUGUUUUCUGCAAAUCCUGCAUUGUAAAAAAUCUCUCUAGGGGCGUCAUAGUAGACAUCGAGCAAAACGAGCACUGGAACUGCUUUAGCUGCACCUCGAAGAUCCUCUGGCCACUGCGUGCUCAGCACUGGGCGCUGGUCAACUACAUCCAAACGAAGAAAAGAGCCCUUCAGAGUUUGCAGUUGCCCGAGGUGGAGGCAAGACGCCAGAUGCUUCAGGAUAACAGCAACUGCUGCCGCCUAGCCAAAUCGAAAGCUAGUAGUUUAUCAGACUCCAUGGAGAGCUUGGAGUCCAAUGUCUCCAGGCGCAGCCAAGGCAGUUCAGUAAGCUCAACUAAACGAGGAUCUGUGUCUAAAGCCGCUCCUUCGGCACCGCCGACCAAACGUCCAAAAUCUUCCAAUGACGAGGUAGUUUGCACUCCUGAUCUACUCAGCAUGUUGGAGCCGGAUUGCCAGCUGUCAGUGACACCUAAACCUGCAGGCCGCCAGGUGGCUCCACCGGCGAGUAUAACAACUACCCCGAGGAUUGUCACCGUCCAGCAGAAUUACCAACCUGGACCAAGUUCCAACAAAAGCAGCAGUAAUGGCCCCUCUGCAAGUGGCUCGCCUUCGACGCCAUCGCCGCGUAGCAAUCUUCCACCACCUCUAGUACUUACUGGUUCGGGAAUUCGUUACCGUCAGAAUUCGCCCGGUGGUACCUCCGGCGUUGUGCGGCGUACCGUAGUUCCCAACUUGGUUAAAAGUUCUGGUCCAGUCUUUCACACAAUUAAUGGUUUCCGUGUGGACUUGAAUAGUGCUGCGCAACAGGAAUCGUACCGCCUGCCCAAUGGACGUUUGAUUCAAGUGAAACGACAAAUGCCUCAAGCCAAUCAAGGGUCGCCACCGCCACAACCUCCAGCUUUGGCCAUUCCUCCAGCGAGUUCUGGGGUAGUUAUCCGUCCCCGACCUCCAAAUCCAACUAAUAGGCCCUCACUGCAGCUGAACUCCUUCGGCAGCAACAUGGGAAUCUACAAUCCCCAGACAAACCAGCAGCAAAGGGCCCCACAUGUGCGUGGUGUGGCAAACGCUAAUCAAGGGCCUCCGCCUUUACAAGGACCACCACCAAACACCAAUGGAGGAACCCUCAUGAUUACUCCAGCACCGCCUCCACAAGCAAAGGUACCAACUUUGGUUCGUCACAACUUUCCCAAUACGGCGAUGGGACAAGCGCGCGCCCAGCUGCAAGAACAGAUAUUCAGCGCCAUGGAUAUCUGCACACAUCUCACCGGAAAAGUGGUCUCUCUUACCCACUCGAACGCGUACAAUCAGGUGCACAACUAUAUGGAUCUCAAGCAGCUAUACAUCCACAUGUCCUACUUAACGACUUACGCAAUAGGGCGUUUUAAGAAUUUGCAAGAGAAGUGCCUAAGUGAUAUGCGGGAAAAAGGCUUCAAGAACGAUGCGAACAGCCUGGAGAACGGUCAAUUGGCAGCCGAAAAACAAGCCAGCGAUGACGAGGACAACGAAAUUGAGAUUGUGGAGCCGAAAACAGAUACCAUUACCAUCGAUUCGGACAAUGAGGAUAACACGCCUUCCACCUCGACCUCCACACCUAUGCAACAACCCCAACAGGGGGCUAUGAUGAAGAUAACCUCUGUGACAUCGGCCGCACCGAAAAGCGAACAAAUGGAGAACCAAGCCGACAUCGAUGUGGCUGCCUUCAGUUCCACGAUAUUGGCCAGCCUGCUGGAAGUGGAAGUCAACGAAGCCGCCAAUGAGCCCAAGUCCAUUUCUCCGGGCCAAAAGAAGCAGCCGCGCAAAAAAAUGACAAAUAAGCCGAAUCCGGCACUUUUGCAACUGGAACGCCAGCGCAUGGAAGAUCUGAAAAAGUCUGAUGCUAAGUUGAAAAAGAAAGUCGUAGUUAAGUUAAAGCGAGCUGAGGAUGAGUUUGAAGUGGCACGCAAGUGGGUAGAGGAUUGCAGAAAGCGGGAACAAAAAUUGAGAAAUCAGGAGGAGGAUACUGAGAUUGCAGCGGAAGUUUAUUCAAAUGAUACCAAAAAGUCAGCCAUAGUUCCAAGUGGAGCGAAAAUGGACUUAAUCCAAGCCAACUCGGAUAACGAAGAAGGAGAAAGCGAGAAAAAAGUCACAGAUGACAAAGAACUUGUGAAAACUAAGGAAACAUUUGGAGAAGUUUUUAAAGCGCCUAUAAAAGCAAAACUUGGGGAAAUGGAUAAUAACAUAGAGGAAGAAAACCUUGCAAAGGAUGAAGUUGAGAAAGAAAAGGAGUUGAUUAAAGAACGAAAUGAAAAAAUUGGUAAACAAACAUUAGUUUCAAAACUAUCCAAAAAAAUAUUAGAAAUAGAAAAGGAAAAAAAUGCUGAAAAGAUCAAUGCAAAAGUAGCAGACAAGGAAACAGAUUCAACAAAGGAAAAUAUUGAAAAGGAAGAAAGUACAAAUAAAGCCGAAAGAGAGGAGAAUGACGAUAGCAAAGAAGUUUCGGAAAAUACAGUAACCGAAUCUACAGGAACGGAAGUAGUGUCUGAUUCCGAAAAUAUAACAGAAAAAGAACAGUUUGAUACUACAGAAAAGGAAUUAGAGUCCGAAGAAGUUUCGGAAAAAGAAAAGGCUAAUCAAAAAGAGGUAGAAGAAAUAGUUGAAAACGAAGAAAAUAACAUUGUCGAAGAAAACUGUUUAGAUGCAACAACUAUUGAAAUAGAAGAAGGCGUAGAUAAAAAGCUGGAAACACAGAAAUCUGAAAAUAAGCAAGAGGAACAGAUUGAACAACUAAUAGAAAAUGAAGAAGUGACAGAAGACGGUGAUAAUACAAAAGCAGAGACAGAAGAAAUUCGGGAUAACGUAGAGGAGGAGAAAACACCACUAGAAAACGAACUUACAGACCAUGACUCACCUAACGUAGUUGAACCCAUGGACAUUUCCAAUGAAGUUGACAAGACCGCUGCAGCUGAACUAGACGAGCAUCCCAAAGAAUUACUAGAAUGCGCUUUAGACGAAGUCAUUGCCAUGGAUGGUGCUGAACUUAGUGCAGCCACUGAAGAGCUGAUGAAAGCUUUGAAUAGUUCCAGCGGCCCAGCUUCCGAAAACGUAAUUGAAAAUGAGACUGAAUUGGAUUCAAAUAGCUUAAUUGAAACUCUUCAACUGGAAACUUCGGAGCCACCUGAGAUUCUCUUGAAAGAGAAUGAGAGCGAAACAUCAAGUAAGUCGGAUACACCAUUGGCAAGUACCAGUGAAAAUGGUGAUCCCGAAAUCGUAUCCAAUCAGGAGGAUAUUGAGCGUGCUGUUGAUUCUGCACAAGACGAGCCCAUCACGGGGCAAAUUGUUGGCUAGUUUGUGGUGAUAAUUCGAGGUCCCGUCGACGAGGAUACAUAGCAGGGGACCUCAAAAACUUCCUUCUAGGAUUUCGAACAGAAUUUAAACGAAUGGAAAACAAACAAAUGUAGAUCAUUUAAACAUGUUUUAUGUAAAUACUUUUUAUAACUCAAGCUUUUCAAAUUGUUUUGUGAAUAUUUUUAGAAAUCGCGUAUUGACAUGUAAAAAUUAAUUUAAAUAUUUUAAUAAACUCCAGGUCUUUAUAUUCUUGUCAAUAUAAACAAACACGAUGCUCAGUUAAAUUUAUAAGCCGACUUCUUUCGGAUAAAUUUAAAUUUAAAAAAAAAUGGAGGUAAAAUAACUUUUUUUACGUGUGCAUAGAAUAUAGGGUUAAGUAUAGCAUUUUACAAUGCAUCGUUAUGUUUUGAACCGCUUAAGAAGCCAGUCACCCCACGGAAAGUAUUAAGCAAUUUGAGAAAUAUUUUAUAGCCUCUCUAUGUUUAUUCUUGAUUGAGUAACUAGAAGUACACAAAGGCAGCUGAUUGAAAAUAAAUAAGUACUUACGCUUAAAAUUUAUAUUGGUAUAAAUGUGUAAUUUUAAGCUUAUCUUAUGACAAAUAAAUAAAUCUAAAUAACUAG